UCCAAGGAAGGGACCUCCAAGGAAGGGACCUCCAAGGAAGGGACCUCCAAGGAAGGGACCUCCAAGGAAGGGACCUCCAAGGAAGGGACCUCCAAGCCCAAGGAACCGUACAAUUGGAAGACGGUCUGGCUGAGCCGAAACAGGAGAAAGGCUGUGAUCAAACGACUCGCUCACAAAGACGCCAACAAGAGCUGUGUCGAGCAGUGGGAUCAGUACAAGCGAGAGCGAGCUGGCCGACAUCCCGGUCACCAUCGACCACAAGCCAUUAACGAACCGUGGGGCCCAAAGGCAUUGAAGUAUUACGAUGGGAUGACUCGUGCUCAAAGCACUAUGUUUUUCCAGCUCAGGACAGAGUAUAUUGGUCUCAACCAUCAUCUCAACAAGAUCAAGAUUCCUGACCCACAGGAUCCCAAGAAGGUGAUCUCUGCGGCAUGUUCUUGCGGGUAUGGAAGACAAACUGUUUCCCACUUGUUCCUCGACUGUCCUGACCUAUGCGUCGCCCGCGAGCACUUGCGAGACGAACUCCUUUUCCUGAACAUGGAAGAUAUGUUGACAACCGAUGGCAAAUUUGCCGCCGACUGGGCCAUUUCUUAUUUCAAGUUGAGUAAGAUCUCUCUACAGUUCAUGGCAGACUGGUUUCGCAUUGCUGACCAGACAGAAAGCUUUCGCUUCGGCUUUAAGCUUCCCACAGACUUGCAAUUCGAACCACGGUAUCGGCCGUGGUCAAAGGGCCCGCCAAUCGACAUUCACCGAACCCAGCAUGGCUUGAACUGCCUAGCCGUCCUCACAAGCAUCACAAGACUCAUCGCCCAGCGAGUGUGCUUACUGUUCAAGACCCUGCAACCGAACUGGGCUAGCGGCAUUGGCCUCGUGGCUGUGGUCGUUUGCGGCGCCGAGAUCCGCACGAUACGCUUCCUGUGCCACAAGAUGCUUGGCGAAGCUUAA